CUAAUGUCCAGAUUCUGAUCUUGGGCUUCAGGCCAGAAAAUAAAAGGUCGGGGAAGGAUCGGUGGGAAAGGGAAAAAAGAGGGAAGUGCCCGUCUGAGUCCUGAUGGAAGAAAGGCGAUGGAGGCCCAGACUCCUGGGGUCCGGGCGGAGGAGGGGGCUGGGCACCAGAUGCCCAUGUCCCUUUUGGAUUCUGGUUCUGUUUCUCCUACCCAGAGGUGCAGAGGCCUGCCCCCAGAUCUUACACAUCAGCCACUUUUCACCCUAGGGGUAAGUUGUGUCCAGACCCACCCCUCCUCAGUUUCCCAGAGCUGGGGUCCUGGAACUGCAGGCUCACUCACCAACAUGAGGACUUCCGUGAAACCUGAGACCUUCCUGCUGGCCUCUGCCCUGCUCUGCACCCUCCUGGGUCUGGGGGGUCUGAUUUUGGGGGCGGGAAGGGACCACCUAGAGAGCCAUGGGCUGGGGGCAAGGGUGAGGUUGGGAGAGACCCCGAGGCCCCUGAGUGCCCCCCCUCCCCGUCCAGCAGAGGGCCACCAGUCAACCAACAGGUACCAAGGAUGCGUGAAGUCCAGCGCCUGCGGCUCAGGCUUCCUCUCCAUCACCACGAGCCCCGAGAAUCACAUGGUGUCCAACAUGCGCUGCUGCCAGAGCGACGGCUGCAACCACAAUGCUGCGCCUGGUAAGCGCCAGCUCAGCCCACAUCUGGAGUCCCCCGCGACUGCCGCCUGCCCGCCUGCCCAGGAGCCGGCUCUCUGGUCGGAAACCCCCCUCCCAGGUAUCAAAUUCUCUACUCAAGGCUGUGCUACCGAGAAUGCCAGCCACAUCAAGCCUGGGACCCUUGUGCCCUCAGCCUCCAGUAUCUACACCAUCAGCCAAUCCAUCUGUUUCCCAGGCCCCCACCUUCUGGCAACUAAGUGAAGAACAAAGGCACAUGAGGUGUUUGGUCUCUGUUCAUCCUUACCUACAGCCUCCCAUGUGCCUAUAAAUUAAACAGGUUAACAGCAAGCCUGAGUCCUUGUGAGAUAAUGCAUCUCAGGGAGGUGUGAUGCAGAAAAUAGGGGUCUCAAACCUUGGGAGUUGCCUCUUUGGAAGGAAAAGAGGGAAGACCCUACCUUUUACUAAGGGAUUACUUCCUGCCAUACUGUGCUAAGUGCUUUUCAUGCCAUAUACCUCAUUUCAUAAUUGCAACUCUAUGAAGUUGAAAGCAUUACCCCAUCUUACAGAGGAGCAAACUGAGGCAUGGGUUGUGGUGUCACUUGCCUUGGGUCAGAGAGCUAGAGAGGGUCAGAUUCCAGAGUCCAUGAUCACCUCUCCGGGUUGACCUCCCCCUCGGGGCCGCAGCAGUGAAAGCGCUGUAUCCUAACCAAUAAACCACCAAACCACCAGGCAACUCCCCCACCUCUCCUUCUUUUUGCCUCAGUUUUCAUGUCUGCAAAAUGUGGAUAUUAAUAGUUACAACCUCACAGGACUGUCUCAAGAGUCAAAUGAAAGAUAACUAAACAAGCCCUAGUACAGUGCCUGGCCCCUUUAAGACAAUGCUGGUUCUGGAGGCAAUGAGUCUGGGCAAAUCACUGUAAUAGCUGCCACUUAUUGAGUGGCCAUUAGUUGGCAGGUACUAGACCCUGGCAUCAAUCAGGGCAGACUGGAUUAUGCCACAGAAACAAGUCCCUAAUCUCAGUGGUUGAAAACAAUAAAGUUAUAUUAAUCAGAAUUCCCGUUGUGGCUCAGUGACUUAAGAACCCAACACAGUGUCUGUGACAGGUUCGAUCACUGGCCUCGCUCAGUGGCUUAAGGAUCUAACGUUGC